AUGAAACCCUUCCUGUGUGCAAACUGGAGACAAGAUCAUAGUGCUACCAGGUGUCUCGGAGCCGGCACUAAGGCUUGUACCGGUUGCCACCUAGUGAUGUACUGCGGCAAGGAUUGUCAGGCUGCUCAUUGGCCGGUCCACAAGCUCGACUGUAAGAAUCCCAUCCGAAAAGCCUCCUGGCGCCCAGCAUGGGAAGUCGAAAACCGCGUGCCACACUUCAUAGAUGACUCGGAUGAAGAGCACACCCCGGUUGCGAUGCAUGGAGGAAGCAAAUAUCUAUGGGGUAAUGUCCCGGCCUUGGACCUACUGCAACUGAAGAAUAAUGAGGGCGAGGCCUAUUCUCAGGAUCUCUCCCUUCUUCUGGCAGCUUCUGGAGACUUGAGGAAUCUAGUCAAGACCGUUGUAUCUCUCCCGAAUAGUUACCGCGGACGCGUCCAUGUUGAUAUCAACGACCGGGACGAGACGGUUGUCGCACGAAACCUAAUAUUCCUCCUGGUGGCGUUCCAUCUACCCCCUGAUAUUGCCAGCGUAGCAAUAUUGCAUCUAUGGUACUCAGCAUUUCUGCCAGAGUCCCUUCUGCAAUCAGUCCGAGGGGCGGUCUUUCCGACUAUAACUGAGUUCUUGGCAGCAGAUCCAGUGCAGGCUGCGAGUGUCCUACAGAAAACGUGGUCAUGUGGGAGUAGUACACUCUCCGCGGCCCUCAGCAGAACUGAGUGGGAUAGAGUUCUCUCUUACCUCCCAGAAGCACCAGAUAUCUCCUAUGAGAAAGCCGCUGCUCUCCAUGAGUCGAUCACCCUUGCCCAUAGUCGACGAGAUUAUCGGGACAGAGCUUUGUUUCCGCUGCAUCCUUCAUGGCGUCUUUCUUUGUGGAAAUUCCGGAGCGAUGGGAUAUUACUUCCAUUUGGGGCAUCCCGUGAAGGCUUUAGGGUUCCUAACCCCACGUUGUUCCAUAACGAACAUCCAUGGCCAAUGCCCGAUUCGGCAGAUCCUCUUCAAGGGUGGACACUCACCGAAAUCCUGCGACCUUCUUACGGUGCUAAACACGACUUAUAUGGCCAGCUUUAUGUGAACCUUAAGCGGAAUCUACAUAGCUUUUGCGAACGACUACACACCCUAAAGCUGAGCAUCUGCCUCUUCAAGCAAGACGCCAUGGAUUUGCCGGACAAAUUGGCCACACUCCGAGGAAGAGAAACAUUCUAUGAUAGAAUCGAGCUUGCUAAUAUUGCCGACCUUGGAUACCUGGGCCCAGCAAAAACGCUCGCCUUAUUCGGGCCCCUUCUCAAAGCCAAGAAUGAAAACCCCAAGGCUACACUCAUCAUGCUAUUCCUCAAUGCCACCAGAGAGAUGUCCACCGCCGCCGAUCAACUCGCGUCUAUGCCUCGUGCGAUGGAAACACUGCAGCGCUUUCUACCAAUGAGACCCAGGCAUGGAGACCCUAAGAAUAAAUACAAUGCCGAGUUUCUCAACCAGAUGAGUGCCGCAGACUUGUUUACGGAUAAUGACACCCUCUUUAACAGGCUUGUUGAGCGUGCUCGGUUCAAAAAUAUGGGUCGUCUUCUUGGUCUGGGGAUGAAGACCAAUAACAGCAUCGUUGCGAGAUGGCCCAUGCGAUUGGGAGAUAAUCCCACACGGCAUGAGUUUGAAAUGGCGUUUUGGUCUGGCCAUACUGGUUGCGAAAGAUAUGUUGAGUGGCAUCGGGUUGGUUGA